UCUGAUCAGAAAACACAAAAGAAUUUAAAGGGUUUAAGAAAAAAAAGGGUAGCUGAAAAAGAAGCUCUCUCUAUACACACUGCCGGUGAUAGAUUCAUAACUCGCGAUGGUCUCUCUCUCCACAUGGUGCCGAUACAUAGCCCACAAACUCGAGUACUCCGUCUCUCACAGCUGGAAGAGCUAUAAACGAGGCCAUAUCACUGACAGAGAAGUCGGUGACGCAGUAUGGAAAAGUUUUUUUCAAGGAAAGUUGACAUACCUGCAUUGGAAUAAAGGAGAAGAGAUGGCCCCAACAAUAGCAGGGCAGGGGGGAACUCUUCUUGUCCGGAAAUUACCCGCGGCAGAUCCAACGCGUGUUUUUGUUGGAGAUGUUGUGGUCUUGAAGAACCCUGAAAACUCAGAUAGCUAUCUUGUUCGAAGAUUGGCUGCCAUUGAGGGUUAUGAAAUGGUGUCUAACGAUGAAAAAGAUGAGGCUUUUGUUCUUGAAAAGGAUCAGUGCUGGGUGUUAGCUGACAAUGGAAGUAUAAUACCCAAGGAAGCCAAUGAUAGUCGAACAUUUGGCCCUGUUUCCAUGACAGACAUAGUUGGCAGAGUCAUAUAUUGCCUGAAAACAGCCGUUGAUCAUGGUCCUGUGCAGAACAGUCAUUUCAGCAUGCGGAAGGAUUCACCUGUGUUGGAAAUUGAAUUGGAUGUUGAUGAGAUGGCAAAAAGUCACAAAACGUAGAUGGUACACGCAAAGUAAAAGCUCCGAUUCAAUUGGUCUGUGUGUGUGUGUGUUUUUCUUUCCUUGCACAUUUUCUUUGUCAGACCAUUUUUUUGGUCAAGGACAAUAAGAGUUUGGGAUCGUCCCAAUGUUCAUCCAUCAUGGAUGGCGUGGUUUAUUUAUCAUUUUCCUUCACCAGAUUUGGCCUGAUAAUUGGACUCCCUUUCCCUCCCCCUCUCUAUCUCUCUAUGUGCAGUUGGAAAAUUUGAAGCGGCCUGUAUCAGAUUUUGUGAUUAACUGUAUUUAACAUCCCUUUCGUAGUCUGAAAACUUGCAAUAAGGAGUUCAAGUAA